AUGUGUAUCACGGUGUUCAUGUGGCAAGCUCAUCCAAAAUACCCUUUCCUCCUCUUACUAAACAGAGACGAAUUUCAUUCUCGUCCUACUGAACCAUUGGCGUGGUGGGGCGGCGAAACAAUUUUGGGCGGUAGGGAUGGACUCUGCGGUGGUACGUGGUUGGCUUCCACCAAAGACGGUAGGGUUGCUUUUCUCACCAAUGUUAGAGAACUCCAAAACAUUCCACAACCCAACACUAGAGGAGAUCUUCCACUUCGUUUUCUUCAGAGCAAUAAGAGUCCCCAAGAGUUUGCAGAGGAAGUGGUCAAAGAGGCUCAUCUAUACAACGGAUUUAACCUUGUAUUGGCUGAUAUUUGCACCUCCACCAUGGUUUAUGUCUUCAAUAGACCAAAGCACGGUUAUCUUUCUGUUACUCCUGGAAUUCAUGUCUUGACUAAUGCAUCAUUGGACGCUUCUUGGCCAAAGGCUGAACGGUUGCGCCAUAACUUCAAAGAGCUUAUUAAUGAGUAUGGUGAAGGCGAAUUUCCAAUCAAAGAAAUGGUCGAGAAACUAAUGACAAAUACAAUUAAAGAUGAUGAAGAGUGCAUGCUACCAGGGAUUCAUCCUCCAGAAUGGGAACGUCCUCUGAGUUCGAUAUUUGUCGACGCACAACUUCCCUUGGGGCCAUAUGGUACUAGGAGCUCCUCUGCUCUGUUUGUCACAUCAAACAAAGAAGUCAUAUUCUAUGAAAAACGUCUCGACCAGAAGCAAUGGAAAGAGAACACGGUAACCUAUCAGAUCGGAGAGACAUAG